AUGAUGGAGGAUUCAAAGCUGACGCAUUUCCAGAGGCGACACCUGACAGCGUGUGUGAAACGAGGAGAUACCCUGCCCCUCCAGUGCCACCCCACAUCCAGCAAAGAGCCAGCACCUCCAGCACCUGAUUUCUCCCCAGCAGUUCGUAAGCCCAGUAGACUUUCAGCUAAACCGCAUCUCCGACCUGCCAAGGUCUGCCAGGCAGGAGAUGCCUACACCCGAGAGAAAUUCAGGCCACAGGCAAGGCGAGAUUUGGAAAAGGAGAAGCAAAGGCUCCAAAACAUCUUAGCGACAGGGAAGGAUGUGGUGGAACACAAGGUGAAGCAGAUGCUGGUUCAAACAAAGGAAGAAGAGAUACCUGAGCCUGACCGGUUUGAAGAACUGGUGAAUGAAGUUCAGGAGAGGAGGGAAUUCCUGGCAGAGAUGGAAGCCCUAGGACAGGGCAAGAAGUAUCGAAGCAUUGUACUCACUGAAAUCUCACAGAAAAUGCGCGAGAUGGAGAUCAUUGACAAGAAGAGAAGCGAGGAAAUGGGAGAGAUCAUGACAAAAGACUUCCCUGGUGGGAACAAAUCCGAUCAUCACAACUAGGCCAAGGGAAAAACACAAGUGCAAUUUGUUCCCACCUCUUCUUCCCAGACUCUCAGCCUCAGAGUCUCAAAGGCGGGUCUGUGCCUGUGCC